GCGCUCGCUCUGAGGAGGCAGCGGACACAGAGCAUAGCGUCGGCUCCCAUGGUUGCAUGGGUAUUUCGAGCUGCCUUUAACCGCAACAAAGACACCGUGGCUUGGUUGUUGAAACAUCAGUAACAGCACUGGGAUAACGUAGCUGUCAACAGCGGAGGAAAAGAGAGGAGACGUUUCUUCUAAUUUCGAAGAAAACCCCGCUGGGAAAAGUAGCAUUUGGUGGCAAGUAGAGUCGCUGCUCGAUGAUGUGCAGAUUUCUUUCUUCCUGAGAGCCAAUGGAUCUUGGGCAGGAAGAUCAAUUCUACCCCGCUUCAAAGAUGUGAAGCAGGGUGUCAACACCUGGAUGUCAUCACCUGUUCUGCAGUGAAUGAUUACCAAGUCAAAGGAGGGUCUCUUUGGGACACUGAGGGGAGGACGUGGCACGUGGUAACUAAGGGUCAGCUGGGACUGUCGCAGAGCAGCAGCUGUUAAAGAAGUGACUGGAAGGAGGCCAUAGGAAGGAGGAAUAUGACCAGACGCAGCUCACAAUGAAGACAUCUGUGGCAUGAAACUAGAUCUGCCCCUCAUUUCCUGCUCCUUCAUUUCCUUCCAUCACCCUUCACUUAGUAACUCUAACUUCAGCAACGCCGCAUUGAUGAGGUAACGUCGAGCUCCCGCUCCGCAGCACCUACUGCACAUAUACCACAUUGCCUUCCUCCCCUUCUCCUCCCACCAACCCUUUCAUCACAGCCAUGGGUCAGAAGAUUUCAGGCAGCAUUAAAUCGGUGGAUAGUCGCGGGGAAAGUGGCGGCUCUCCGUCGUACCGACCCACGGCUCAUCGCCGCCAACACCUGGAGCUAAGGGGUCCAGAUUUCUCCAAGCCACCCAGGCUGGAUCUCUUGUUGGACAUGCCAUGCGCUGGACUGGAGACGCAGCUCCAUCAUGCGUGGAAUCCAGACGACCGCUCCCUCAACAUCUUCAUCAAAGAGGACGACAAGUUGACAUUUCACCGACACCCAGUUGCUCAAAGCACGGACUGCAUCAGAGGACGGGUUGGAUACACAAGGGGUCUUCAUGUGUGGAAGAUCCACUGGCCUUCGCGACAGCGAGGCACCCACGCUGUGGUGGGUGUGGCGACCUCGGAAGCUCCUCUACAUUCUGUUGGGUACACUGCUUUAGUGGGUUCGGACUGUGAGUCCUGGGGCUGGGAUCUGGGACGAAACAGACUCUACCAUGACAGUAAGAACCGGUCCCACAGUUCGCUGCCUUCGUACCCUUGUUUCCUAGAGCCAGACGAGUCAUUCACACUCCCGGACUCUCUCCUAGUGAUUCUGGACAUGGAUGAAGGGACGCUUAGCUUUAUGGUGGAUGGACAGUAUCUAGGAGUUGCAUUUCGAGGCCUGAAAGGAAGGAAGCUGUAUCCCAUCGUGAGUGCCGUAUGGGGACAUUGUGAAAUAACCAUGAAGUAUAUCAACGGCUUGGAUCCUGAGCCCCUGCCGCUCAUGGACCUGUGUCGACGUGCGGCCCGCCUGGCAUUGGGUCGAGAACGGCUCAAGGAAAUUGAGAGCCUCCCUCUGCCCCAGUCCCUCAAAAAUUACCUCCAGUACCAGUGACUGACACCGGCAGAUCCAACUGGGACAACAAGGACACAGAGCAGGCCACCAGAGAGUCUGCAGAUGGACGAUGAAAAGGUGAACUUGAGGUCGCACAGAGGGGAUGAUUGAUUGAAGAACGUCCACACUGGAGCACCGCAACUCUCAUGAAUCCGUACAAGGACGGAUAAGGACGAAGGCAGAUGAACUGGGGGGGAGGAGAGGGAAUUCAGGCUUUCCAACAAUUGGACCACACCAGCUUCUUCUUCUUUCUUUUUUUUUAUUUUAGGCUGCUUUUUUUGGUUUUAGACUUGAAAUAAAUUAUUGAUGACAACGUCACAUCAGUGUCUCUUUCAUCCAGACUGAAAGCCCAUCCUCUGAUGGCACAGCGCUGUUAGGUGGCAAAAGCAAACAUUGCCAUCUAGUGGUUAGAAUAAUAAAAAGAAAAAAAAAAACAGGAGAAAGUAAGCACACUAAUCCCAUCCAUGGAGGCCUUUCUGACAUACACUCACUGACCAUAUCAUUGCAGCUGAUGUCUGUUCAUAAUCCACACUGGCACAGGUGGCUGGCGGCAGAAUCAGAAAUGUCCAAAAGGAUUUUUAGCACUGAUGUAUUUAUGUGACUGACCCCAGGUCUGCCCAUCAGCUCACACUGCAGAUAGAUUACAUCAGCACACAUCUGGGAGGUGUGUGUACAGAUCCACACAAUACAUCCUUAUCUGAAGAAAAUGAAGCCCUUUUCAGACAUUUAAUGCUUUUGAUCGCACUCUUCUUAAUCCUUCUUUUUAACACUCUAAAUUAAAACAUUCUUAAUCGACUCCUUAGCAUGAGACAUUAAAUUAUAAAACCAGAACUUUCUCACAAUUGGCAACUCUUUAAUUAGUUUUUAUUGAAUUUCUGAUUGAUAUAUUAAAUAUUUUUAUAUUAAACAGAUAUGAUGGUUAAUUUGCAGUAUUGUGAAAAGUUUACCUUAGAAAGUACCUGACCUAAGUUCGGCUAUUACGGGUUAAAACUAGAAUAAAACAUGUUCAUAGUUCCCCACAUAAGCAUUCGUCUUCUUUUUUU